CUUGUCACUCAACCAUGGUUGAAGAAGUGGAAGCCAAGAAGGCUUCUUCCCUAUAUUUAUUGCUUAGUAUCCCAGAAAGAAUUGCCUAUGAGGAAUUAGAAAAAGUAGGAGAGAGAGAAGGGAAUAGGGCUGUGCUUCUCUCUAACCACCGCUUCCCCCCACCCGAACCACCAAACACACACAAAUUCACAAUUCCCAUUUCUGGGAGGAGAAGUUUGGUGGUGGGUUUUUGGAGAAAUUGCAAAAAGGUGCUGCCUUGAUCAUAAAGGAGAAGAGAGGAGAAGUGUUUGGAUGGAUUGUUGCUGGUGCUGGGACAAACAGAGUGGCUAUGACUUGUUUCCAGGGGAGAAACCCCACCCCUUUUCUCUCCCUUCACCUCUCCCCCACUGGCCUCAAGGGAAUGGUUUUGCCACGGGAAGAAUACGCCUAGGGGAGAUUGAAGUGGUUCAGAUCAGUCAGUUCGAAAAAAUAUGGAGUUGCAAGCCAUUGUUUGGAAAAUCAAAAUCAAAAAGCGUAACAUUUUAUCAGCCGGUUGAUGUCCCCGAAGGGUUUUCUGUUCUUGGUCACUACUGUCAGCUCGAUGACAAGCAGUUGAGCGGCUAUGUUCUUGCUGCCCGAGAUUUGGGCAGCUCGGGGGACAACUGUGUUCAAGACUCUGGAUCGGACCUUCCCGCUCUAGAGAAACCUCUUAGCUAUACUUUAGUAUGGACUAUGGAUGGUGGUUGUAACGGGUCUGGUUACGUUUGGCUGCCAAAUGCACCAGAUGGUUACAAACCUGUGGGGUUCUUAGUCACUCUCGAGCCCGAUGAACCUGAUCUUGAAGACGUUAGAUGUGUUCGGUCCGAUCUCACGGAAACCACUGAAGCCUGUGACAUGAUAUUUAGUACUAAAUCAAUUUUGUCCAAAACCCAAUUUCAAGUUUGGACGACGAGACCCUGCAAGAGGGGCAUGUUGUGUCGAGGAGUUUCGGUCGGGACAUUCUUCUGUGCUACAAACUUCACCUCGGGCGAUGACCUUAACAUCGCUUGCUUGAAAAAUCUCGACUCUUCUCUACAUUCCAUGCCAACCCUUAAUCAAGUCCACGCUCUCAUCAAGCAAUAUGGUCCGACGGUUUACUUCCAUCCAGACGAGGCUUAUUUGCCUUCAUCUGUCCCGUGGUUCUUCGAGAACGGGUCCCUUCUGUACAAAGAUGGAAAGGAUAUCGGUAUAGCUAUUGAACCCACAGGCUCAAACUUGCCUGCAGGUGGGAAAAACGAUCGGAAAUUUUGGCUCGAUUUGCCCGAUGGUGAUAAAAUGAAGAACUAUGUCAAGUGUGGGAACAUCGAUAGUGCUGAACUAUAUGUUCAUGUGAAACCGGCUUCGGGUGGGACUUUCACUGAUAUUGUAAUGUGGGUGUUUUGCCCUUUCAACGGGCCGGCUACACUCAAAAUUGGUUUGAUGAGCUAUGAAAUGAACCGAAUAGGCGAGCAUGUGAGUGACUGGGAGCACUAUACUCUCCGUGUUAGUAACUUUUCGGGGGAGCUUUGGUCUGUGUACUUCUCUGAGCAUAGCGGGGGCGAAUGGGUGGCUGCCCGGGACUUGGAGUUCAUCGAUGGGAAUAAGCCAAUUGUAUACUCAUCACGAAAUGGCCACGCGAGUUUCCCUCAUCCCGGCUGCUACCUCCAGGGCUCUUCAGUGCUUGGAAUAGGCCUGAGGAACGAUUGCGCUGCGAGCAAAUACGCUGUAGAUUCAAGCACGAGAUAUCGAAUCAUUGCAGCUGAGUAUCUCGGGGAGGGAGUCGUCGUAGAACCACCUUGGCUGCAGUUCAUGAGGGAGUGGGGGCCAACCAUCGAAUACGAUUCAGCAUCCGAGGUAGACAAGAUAAUCAUCCUCCUCCCCUUUUUUGUCAGGUUUUCAGUCGAGAGCCUCUUCGAACUCUUCCCAACCGAGCUUUAUGGCGAGGAAGGGCCAACGGGACCAAAAGAGAAAGACAACUGGUUGGGGGACGAACGGUGAUCACCACACUCCACCCCGAGUCUUGUCAACAUAUCAUCCUAUUACACGUUUACUUUUGUAUCUUCGAUCUUCUAAGCCUUAAACCCGUUGAAGAUUUGAAGAGUUGAAGGCAAAUGAAAACAUGUAGAGGCUUUAGAAACCUGAAGUUCAAAUCCUUUGUAUCUUUUCCCAGUUGAUGUACCAAAAUGUGGUAUAAUCAUAGUGUGAAUUGUGAAAGAACAUUGUUUAGUAGCUCUCUUUGUCAACAUAUUAGUGAGAAGGUAUUGUAAAUAGUGAGCAAGGAGUGUACGAGAGUAGAUGCAGUCAUUUAGUUGUUAGAAGACAGAUUGUGAGAUGUAAUCUUAUUGAUUUGGGUAAAGGGAAAUCAUUGAUUGUGAAUUA